CGGAGGCGCGCACUGAGCUGAGCAUCUGAGCACCUUGGAGACUCCACGGGUUUGAUCCGACGCGCAAGAACGCACCGGCACACCGACACACACGCCCUUCACGUCCACCUGAAACGUUCAAGCCGGUUGACUGAAAGCAGAGGACAGAGGUCUGAGCCCCGGUUCAAGCGCAGCCAGAACACCGUGUUCCUAUGAUGUCUUACCUGUGGAUUCUGCUAUUAGGAAGCCUGCUGGCUACAAGCGCCAAAGCACAAGAUGCUGAAGCCACAACGGAGGAGAAAGCAGCCCCUGAUGCCCCGGCCCCUGAAACAGAAACAGCGACAGAGGUCAAUGAAGACUCCGUCGCUGACAAGGAAAAUGACCAUAUAGCUAAGGAAAUUCCAGCUAUAAUGGGUGAUAAUGAAGCCGAAGCAGUUGACCCAGGAACUGAAGAGGCAGAACCAGUAGAUACGCCUGCAGCCGAACCAGCGGAUACUCCUGCAGCCGACGCAGGGGAUACGCCUGCAGCCGACCCAGCGGAUACUCCUGCAGCCGACGCAGCGGAUACUCCUGCAGCCGACGCAGGGGAUACGCCUGCAGCCGACGCAGGGGAUACGCCUGCAGCCGACCCAGCGGAUACGCCUGCAGCCGACGCAGGGGAUACGCCUGCAGCCGACGCAGGGGUUACGCCUGCAGCAGACCCAGCGGAUACUCCUGCAGCCGACGCAGAGGAUACGCCUGCCGCAGCCGCGGAGGAUACGCCUGCAGCAGAGGCGGAGGUGGAGGCUGCUUCAACAAAACAAGAUGAUCUUGAGGUUGUGGAUCCAAAGGCUGAGGAACCAACUGCUUUAGGAGAGGAGAAAGCUACAUCGAGCACUGGUGGAACUCCUGAUCAGGAGGAGAGUGACGCCACAUCAGCAGCAGAUCCAGCUGCAGCAGAUAAUGAGGACACAUCAACUGUUCCUGCUGCUGCUGAUGCAGAACCAACACAACCAGCUGCGGAAGACAAAGUUGAACCAGAAGUGGAAGUCCUUGUUCCAACAAUUAAUGAAGAGAUUGUUCCUGUGGUGAAUACAGAUGUAAAGUUUAGCUUGGGAGAUGCUCUGCCAGAAGAGAACGCAGUGGACAGCCCGGGAGAGAGGCGCAGCUUUGAAUCUGGGAUACAUGUUGCUAGCUCCAGUGGAGAAGCUGAAAAACCUGAAGCCCAAGAGGCCAGCUCCGGCUCUGUAGCAGCCAUCCUGAGUGUAAUUGUGCUGUCUGUAUGA